AGGGGUUUUUCAAUUACUCUCUGGGGCAGAUAUCAUUCCCAUUUGUUUCAUUGCAGGACGUGGCUUCUACCAUGGUUUUUGAUAUAACCCUUCUCAUUCUGUGGGAUUUUCUGGGAGAAUUCACAUAACCCCACUACGAGGUUGCUCCAAAAAUUCCAAUUUUUUAAAGGUUUAAUAGGAAACCUAGUUAUUGUUGUUGUUGUUGUUGAUUUAUUGUGGAAGCCAUGCCUGUGGUAUUGGAUAUAAGCUCCGAUGAAGAAAAGGGUUCGGAGGAGGGGUCUAAAAGCACUGACUUUGAUUGGAUCAAAGAGUUUCUUUUUAUGUCUGAUGAAGAAUCAGGUGAUUCUGACGAUGUUGUCUUCGUCCAUGAGAACAAACCUGAGUUGAAGUCAAAGUCUUCCACUUUGGCUGCGAAAGAUGAUGAUGAUGAUGAUGAUUGCGUGGUUCUAGAGGGUGACCCAGAAAAAGGUGUUGUUUCUGUGGAUGAGGAUGCAACUGGGUCGGACGAGUUGCGUGUAGUUGGGGAGAAGGGUCAGAUUGCAUGUAGAGACUAUCCUCAUCCCCGACAUCUUUGUGUUAAAUUUCCUUUCUCUUCCACCCCACAUGAGAGACACUGUGGCCAGUGCCACUGUUAUGUCUGUGACUCCCUAGCACCAUGUCUAAUGUGGGGCACUGGCAUUUUGAGUUCAGAUCAUUGUCAUGCAAAUGAUAAAACUGACCUGUGGAACAUUCAGAGGAAAAGUUUCAAGCCGGGCCAGAGUUUGGCAUUACUUGCAACUAACUAUGAUGCUUCACUUGGUGCAAUACAUGCCCAGUGUACCGAAAUUACGCCUGUUGAUAUUAUUCACUUGUCUCCAAAUUCUGUGUUACAGAAUCAAGCAUCCAGAUCAACUGCAACGCGUACUUGCUCCUCACUCAAUUCCAUCCCUCAAAAGCAGCCCUCUAUGCCAACGAUAACAUGUUCCGUCCCCCCCUUACUGAAUUCUAGUUUGCAGAAUCAGGUCUCUAGACCAAUUAACAUCCGUGUAGGUUCUGCAGCCACCAACUUAACAAUCCCAAAUGGUGCAAACCAUGGUGGAUUUCAUAAACCAGGACCUACUUGGGUGAGAAACAGAUACCGGUCUCACUCUGUACCAAGGCAGUUGCUGGGUGUACGUGGGCAUGCCAUCCAAAGGGAGCGAGGAAGCGGUGCAAGCGUAUUAGGGCCUGAUUUCCUUCGUCCUCAUAUAAUGUCCAAGGGGGUAGGCAGUGCCAGGAACACUCAGACAGUGAAUCAUUCGUCUGAUGGUUCAUCUGGCUGCAGCAAUCAUGUUAAUGCAACACAGCAAUGUGACAAAUAUCAUACCACAACAGGAUUCUCAAAUCACAGAAAUCGCAAUGGGCCGGAUGAUGUUUUUCAUUCUGUAAAUUCAUCAUUUUACUCACAUCCAAGGUCUGAUCCAGCGAGCCCAAGUUGUGUUGACCAGCAUGCUGGGGCAUCUGAAACCAAAGCAUAUAGCCAGCCAUUGUCCCAAUCAAAUUAUAGCCAGGAUUUAUAUCAAACUUGUAUUCAGGGUAAUGAUGCUCCUUCAAGUUAUGUGGCAUGCCUGAAUACCAAUCAGCAUGGAAAUGAGCAACAAAUCAGAAGUCAAAAUGAAAAUGCUAGUGGAAAUAUUACAGAAUGUGGAAUUGCAAGUGGAGAUACUUGCCAAACAAAACCACAUGAAGAGGGUCCAAGUGAAAAUGCUGGAAAAUUUUCAGCUUUUGACUCAAGUUGGACAGAGAAUAUCAGUCAAAGUAUUGAACCUCUAAUUGAAUGUUCUCCUCUACAAAGCUCAGGAUCUAUAAACCAACCACCCAUUAUCAAGGAGCCGGGUACUCAGUUUGCUGGAAGCAUUGAACCUCUAAUUGAAUGUUCUCAUUCACCCGGUUCACUUGUUGAUAUUGAAAACUGGCUUUUGGAUGAGGACUCUUUAUGGUAACAGAAGAUGUUUUGCCAUCUGAACUGAAUAUACCAUCUCCUGAUCUUGGCUUAGUUGAUACAGGCAUGCUUUUAUCUCAACUAAUAUUGAAUGAGUUCAGGUGACAAGCCAAGAGCUCUGGUACUUAUUGCUGUCUUCAAUGGAAGUGUUCAGGAUUGGCUAACAGAUGAAUGAUGCUACAUGAUAUUUAUGACUUGCUCAGUUCUGAGUAAUAUAUGGCAUGUUUCAUUUUGAGGCUCAUCAACAUGUGUUAAGAGCUGAACAUGUUAGAUGUUCCCUAAUCCCCAUGGUUGAUGAUAAGUUAGAUGCAUAGUGCUAUUGCUAGCAUAGCCUAAUUUAGUUUUGCUUUAUUUCGUUGUAUGUAGUCAAAGACCAGUCCUUGCUUUUUUGCCUAGCACCAUCCCAUUGGGGUAAUGGGGUAAUGGAUGUAAGAAUAGGAACAAAGCGAGUUAGACUAGCACAAAUAGUUGAGGAGUGUUUUUUUUCCAAUUAUGUAGAGUUUCCUAUUUAUCUAAA